AUGGAAGAGGAUAGGGAUGAGAAAGCGGAAGGGGGAGGGGCGGUAGAUGGAAGGGUGAGGAAAAGGGGAAAAAGGGAUGUGAAAAGAACAUUCUUCAAAAAAGUGUCUUUUGAGCAAUUAAUGUGUAGCAAUGAGAUAUCGCUGGAUCAGGAACUGGCUUUGUUACAUAAGGAAAUGGAGACAAUCAGACUGGAAUGCGACCGUUUGAUCUCAAAACACGAAAAUGCCGAAAAACGAGUAAUAAGACAGAUGGCUCAAGCGGAUUCUCUGAUCAACACAAUAAGCAGCAUGCAUGACACUUGUGUUCCAGGCCGAUUUGACGAAACUUCCAGCGCCUACAAUACUGGUGGAGAGUCAUGCCGGAGUACACCACUAAAAUCAGAUGUUCCCAGCGUAAGGUGA